AUGAGAAAAGAAAAGGAUUUACCGUGUCCUAGCGAAGAGGACGGUAGUCAAUCUCGCUUAGCGACCAGGCUGUCUGUCCACCCAGCAUAUCAGCAGCAGCAGUAUUGGAUGGUCACAUACCUGAACAGCAUCGUCAUGCCGGAUCCCGAGGAUGAAGACGGGGAUGAAUCUGGGGAUAUGUAUAGAAUAUGCAUGCAUGGUUACCCGAUUGGUACUUGCACUCCACCAAGACAGGGAGUUCAGAACUGCCGAACUAUAGACCACGACCACCGCCUUGUUUUUGUUGGGGGGGAGGAGAACGAGAAAACGAGGGCCCAUGACUAUCUCAAGCAGUCAAGCAAGCAAGCAUAA